UGAUAAUGAAUCAUUACAAGUGAAUUUUGAAGAAAACUUUGUUAUAUCGUGCAACUAGAUUAAUACAUAAUAGACAUUUCCAAGUAUUUGUAUUGUGAGUUUUUUUAUAUUCUUAGGUGUUAGAAAGUUUUUUAAACAUUAAAUAUGACUCCAAAUCCUCCUGAGUUAAUGGAGGUGGAUCAGAGCAUAUGCUCGCGUGGUGAUGGAUUUAAGUCUUAUUAUACCACUAAAAUUGAAGAACUUCUAUUAGUAGUUGCUGAAAAAAGUAUGAAUCUUAGACGUUUACAAGCUCAAAGAAAUGAACUUAAUGCUAAAGUGAGGUUACUAAGAGAAGAAUUACAACUCUUACAAGAACAAGGUUCAUAUGUUGGAGAAGUAGUUAAACCAAUGGACAAAAAAAAAGUACUGGUAAAAGUUCAUCCUGAAGGAAAAUUUGUUGUUGAUAUUGAUAAAAAUAUUGACAUUAAUGAUGUGACUCCUAAUUGUCGUGUUGCAUUACGUAACGAAAGUUAUACAUUACAUAAAAUUUUGCCUAAUAAGGUUGAUCCUUUGGUAUCACUUAUGAUGGUUGAAAAAGUACCAGAUUCCACCUAUGAAAUGGUUGGUGGGUUGGAUACUCAAAUUAAAGAAAUUAAAGAGGUUAUUGAGCUGCCAGUUAAACAUCCUGAGCUAUUUGACGCUUUAGGUAUUGCUCAACCAAAAGGUGUACUUUUAUAUGGACCCCCUGGAACAGGCAAGACUUUAUUAGCCAGAGCUGUUGCUCAUCAUACAGAAUGUACAUUUAUUAGAGUAUCAGGCUCUGAACUUGUUCAAAAGUUUAUUGGGGAAGGAUCUCGAAUGGUCAGAGAACUUUUUGUUAUGGCUAGGGAACAUGCUCCAAGUAUUAUAUUUAUGGACGAAAUUGAUUCUAUUGGUUCAUCUCGUAUUGAAUCGGGCAGUGGUGGAGAUUCUGAAGUGCAAAGAACUAUGUUAGAAUUGCUUAACCAACUUGAUGGUUUUGAAGCAACCAAAAAUAUUAAGGUCAUUAUGGCAACAAAUCGUAUUGACAUUUUGGACACAGCUCUUCUACGUCCUGGACGUAUUGACCGUAAAAUUGAAUUUCCACCUCCAAAUGAAGAAGCUCGUUGGGACAUUUUACGAAUUCAUUCAAGAAAAAUGAAUUUGACUAGAGGAAUUAACUUAAAAAAAAUUGCUGAACUCAUGCCAGGUGCUUCAGGAGCAGAAGUAAAGGGAGUUUGUACUGAAGCUGGUAUGUAUGCUCUAAGAGAAAGACGUGUCCAUGUAACACAAGAUGAUUUUGAAAUGGCUGUCGCUAAAGUUAUGCAAAAAGAUUCAGAAAAGAAUAUGUCUAUUAAGAAACUCUGGAAAUAAUAAUAUAGUUAUUUGAAUAAAAAAUACUUCAUAAAAAUAAUUUCAGUUUAUAUUUUUACAGAAAUAAUUAUUAUUUAAUUGUUUAACUUAAAUACAUUUAAAUGAAAUUUGUGAAAAGAUGAUUGAAGUAAAUUAAAUUAAUUAAUUAUUUGUGUAUAA